UGACUCUGAAAUCCCUGGUCUUGAUUGGCUAACUUUUGUGGUAAAUAUAUAAUUAACUCUACAGUAAUUCAUACAACCAGACCCUGGCUAUAAAUUGCCUACUAUACUGUUUUCAUUAGUACUAUAUAAAGGUCACGACUACUUGCAAGCGCAAUUUCUGUGCAGUCUCAGAGCCAUGUUAUGCUGAAAUUUAUGCCCUGUGCCAGAAAUUGUGUUGCAUGUUGCAACAAAAAUUGCCUCAUGUAACAUGGCCCUAAACUAUUUUACUUAAUGAAAACUAUAUUUUUUUCUUUCAUGGAGGUUGUCAUUCGAAAUGCAAAAGAAUUGUACGAGUUCGCUGAGAGUACAAUGAAAGAUCCAGCACCCUCGUGAUACCAGUCUGAGAGUGUUAAAGUGAAACAGUGUAUAUUUUUCUAUGAUGAUGAAAUACUCCGCAACCGGAGAGAUAGAUAUUUUAAAGAAAUGAAGGGGAAUAGAUCUAUCCAUGCAGUCGUGUCAACGGACGAUGGUUGCAGUUUAAGUUCGAAGUUUCUGUCAUGUCACUGCGACUAGAUGCAUGUUUAAACUGGUCUUACGAAUCAUGUGAAAAUUCUGCAUAUGUUGCAAGAACUGGAAUGAGAGGGUGGUCAUCAACCCACUGUCGUUACCAGAGGGGAUGUUUCUAUGACACUACAAGCAAUAAAACACCUAGCAACGAAAGAUGCAAUUGUUGCUAUUGCUUCUGCUGACAGAGGAGAGGAGUAUUAUUUACUUCAAGUAAUUGGAGACGCCCCAGAGGUGCUAUCGACUCAGGAAAGAGAUGAUUGGGGAGCUACAUACCCACCAGGAGCUGAGAUCAUUCACAGAUAUUUCCUUGCCAGAAAGCGAUCUUCAAGUUCUCAUUAUUACGAACUAGUAAGAGAGAAAGAAGCUGCCGUUUAUGCUGCAACUGUCAGGUAUAUUUGUCACAAGUUGUGC